UCGCUCCCUCCUCACGCCAUAUCCACUCCACCUCCCUUCCAUCUAUUUUACUCUUCCAUACUUAUCUUCCUUCUUCUUCUCUUGAUUCUUUGACUCUCAUCAUCAUCAUCAUCAUGGCAUCCAUCGGCGACGACGUCUCCACCCUCGAUCUCAUCCGCGAGCACCUCCUCGGGGACCCCACCAUCUCCCUCGACGACCUCCUCUCCCCUCUCCCGCCGCCCUCCGCCCCCAACGACAUCGCGGUCGGCGACUACCUCCACGCCACCCCGCCCUUCCACGAUUCCUACGGUGGACAAUCGUCAUGCAGCUUCGCCGAUCCGGUCGCCCCCAUGAUCCGGUUCUGCGGCGACUCGCCUCAGGCCUCGCCACCCUCCGACCGCCGCCCGUCGCUCACCAUCUCCCUCCCCCCGGUCCGGAAGGUCGAGCUCGAGUGGACGGAGGUCGCGCCGGCGGAGAAACCUGCGGAGUACGACGAUGGCUCUAGGUACCGCGGGGUGCGGCGGCGGCCGUGGGGGAAGUUCGCGGCGGAGAUCCGGGAUCCCAAACGGCGAGGCUCUAGGGUUUGGCUCGGGACCUUCGACACCGCCAUCGAGGCCGCGAGGGCCUACGACCGCGCCGCCUUCCAGAUGCGCGGCUGCAAGGCGAUCCUCAACUUCCCCAACGAGAUCGGCAGCUCCAGCCGCUGGAUGCCUCCUCCUCCGGCACCGCUCGAGGCGGCGGUGGGGAAGAGGAAGAGGGAGGCGGAAGCAGAGGAGAUGAGGCCGGUGAAGAAGGAGAGGUCUCCCGAGAUUGAGGCGGCGGACCAGGUGGUGGAGGAGAAUAUUCCGUCGCUUUGCCCCUUGACGCCGUCGAGCUGGGAGAGCGUCUGGAAUGGAGCCGACGUGACGGGGAUCUUUAACCUGCCGAUGCUCUCGCCGUUAUCCCCGCACCCGUCGUUGGGAUUUCCGCAGCUUAUUGUAAGCUAAGGAAUUAGCAGCCGCCGUUAGACGUGCAAGUGAGCUUCUAGAAGCAAAGCUUUUUAAGAACUGAGUUGAAGGGAAAAAGAGAAGGAAAAAUAGAAAAACCAAAAUAGGUUGAUGUAAGUAGACGUGAUACUCGAAUUCUUUUAUUCUUUUUAUGCGCUUGUGGUAUGUGAAUUUAAAUAUAUAUUUUGUUAUGUUGGGGGAUACAGGUGAAAAUAUUUCCUAUGUAAUGAGAUUUCUGAAAGCCUGGAGAAAUAUAUCUUGAUCUGCUAUCUCAGAAGAAUUU